GUGGUGGGAACAAAGGAACAUCAUAUCCAUUGUCUCUCCUGAUACACAGCAAUGUUCAUUUCCGACAAAUCUCGUCCUAGUACUGAUUUCUACAAAGACGAUAAUCCCAAUUCCUCCACCACCACCACACGCGAUAUGAUGAUCGAUGUCACCACUACCAACGAAUCAGUAGAUCUACAAUCUCACCACCACCACAAUCACAAUCACCACAAUCAUCAUCUCCACCAGCCUCAGCCACAACAACAGAUUCUCCUCGGAGAAAGCAGUGGUGAGGAUCACGAAGUUAAAGCACCAAAGAAACGAGCAGAGACAUGGGUUCAAGACGAAACUCGUAGCUUAAUCAUGUUUCGUAGAGGUAUGGAUGGUUUAUUCAACACAUCCAAAUCUAAUAAGCAUCUCUGGGAACAGAUAUCAGCGAAGAUGAGAGAAAAAGGGUUUGAUCGAUCUCCAACUAUGUGUACUGAUAAGUGGAGGAAUCUAUUGAAAGAGUUUAAGAAAGCAAAGCAUCAUGAUAGAGGAAAUGGAUCAGCGAAGAUGUCGUAUUACAAGGAGAUUGAAGAUAUUCUUAGAGAGAGGAACAAGAAAGUGACACCACAGUAUAAUAAGAGCCCUAAUACACCACCUACAUCAGCCAAAGUUGAUUCCUUUAUGCAAUUUACUGAUAAAGGUUUUGAUGAUACGAGCAUUUCUUUUGGAUCCGUUGAAGCUAAUGGCAGGCCAGCCUUAAACCUUGAAAGGCGUCUUGAUCAUGAUGGUCAUCCUCUUGCAAUCACUACAGUUGAUGCUGUUGCAGCAAAUGGAGUUACUCCUUGGAAUUGGAGAGAAACUCCUGGAAACGGUGGUGAUAGUCAUGGUCAGGCUUUUGGUGGGAGGGUCAUAACAGUGAAAUUUGGUGACUAUACAAGAAGAAUCGGCGUUGAUGGAAGUGCAGAAGCAAUCAAAGAGGCAAUCAGAUCUGCUUUUGGGUUAAGAACUCGACGAGCUUUUUGGUUAGAAGAUGAAGAUCAGAUUAUUCGCUGUCUUGACCGAGACAUGCCCUUAGGGAACUAUCUACUCCAUCUCGAUAAUGGACUGGCCAUUAGGGUUUGCCAUUAUGAUGAAUCCAACCAAUUACCAGUCCAUUCAGAAGAGAAAAUCUUCUACACUGAAGAAGAUUACCGCGAUUUUCUGGCUCGACGGGGAUGGACAUGCCUGCAAGUUGAUGGUUUUAGGAACAUAGAAAACAUGGAUGAUCUUCAACCUGGUGCCGUCUAUCGAGGAGUGAGAUGAGAAAAUAAGAUCACAAAAGUUCUUCUCCAAAUCUAUCAACAGUCCCCUGUAGAUAUGAUCUCAUUCCCUUUAUACAUUUCUUCCUUUUUCCCCCCUGAGAAGAACAAAUAAUGUACUUGCUCAAAUAUGACAUAUCAACUUGCAUUUAUCGUACAGACCAGUAGUAAGACUUCAAAAUUGUUUUUUGUUCUGUUGUUACAUUUGUAAGAACAUGACAUAAGAGAUGUGAAUAAAAUGUUCACAAUCAG